UUGUAAUAUAGCCUUCUAUUUGACCGUUAAAUCUGUUAAAGAUUUUCAUGGUUGUACGUGAGUGCUAAUCUAAUGAUUAUGUACAGACGCCGAAAUCUUGUUCCCUCAAACCGUGGAUCUUAUCGACUUCUAUCAAUUUCCUCUGCUCAAAUGAUGAUUGAAUCCCCAUGCCAAAAUCAAAUUCUUGAUCAAACAUUCUCCAAUCAAAGUAUCCACAUAACCCAAACACCAAAAUCAGAAUUUUCACAUAUACUGGAACCAAAAUUUUACCUUUCUAGACUCGUCAAGUGUAAAAAUCUUUCACCAGUUUAUCAAAUACAUGCUCAAGUAAUUGUUAAUGGGCUGCUCCAAAAUCCCAUUGUUACUAAUAAAAUUCUUUAUACAUAUACGUUGCACAAGGAUUUAGGGAAUGCAAGUGCAUUAUUUAGAGGGUUUAGUAAACCAGACCCGUUUUCUUGGAGUGUUAUGGUUGGCGGAUAUGCUAAAGCUGGUGACUUUAUGAAUUGUUUUAGAACAUUUAAGGAGUAUAUAAGGUCCGGAAUUGUGCCUGAUAGCUAUACUUUGCCUUUUGUGAUAAGGGUUUGCCGAGAUACAAAGGAUUUGCAAAUGGGUAGAUCGAUACAUAAUGUUGUUUAUAAGUUCGGGUGGAUUUCAGACCCUUUUUCGACUGCAACACUAGUGGACAUGUACGCGAAAUGUAAGGUUAUCGAGGAUGCAACACAGCUGUUUGAUGGAAUGCUGAAGAGGGACCUUGUUAGUUGGACUGUGAUGAUCGGGGCGUGUACUGAGUGUGGAAAUGCGGAUGAGGCACUGGUUUUGUUUGACAGGAUGAAAGCGGAAGGAACUGUGCUGGAUAAGGUUGCUAUGGUAAAUGUUGUGAACGCUUGCGCAAAGUUAGGGGUGAUGCAUAAGGCAAAGAUAGUUCAUGAUUACAUUCGAAGGACGAAUUUUUCACUGGACGUGAUCUUGGGGACUGCAAUGAUUGAUAUGUAUGCAAAGUGUGGGAGUGUCGACUCUGCCAGGGAGAUAUUUGAUCAGAUGAGAGAGAAGAACAUUAUAUCAUGGAGUGCAAUGAUUGCAGCUUAUGGAUACCAUGGGGAUGGCCAGAAGGCUCUGGAUUUGUUCAAUAUGAUGUUGGGGAGUGGGAUAUUGCCUAAUAACAUCACAUUUGUUUCACUCUUGUAUGCUUGUAGUCACUCUGGGCUUGUUGCAGAGGGUCUUCAACUUUUCUCAUUGAUGCAAGAUGAGUAUGGAGUAAGACCAGAUGCAAAACAUUUUACUUGUAUGGUUGACCUAUUUGGUCGGGCUGGAAAGCUCGAUCAGGCCUUGAAAUUGAUCGAGGAUAUGAGUAUUGAAAAAGAUGAGGGACUCUGGGGUGCACUGCUUGGUGCAUGUAGGAUUCAUGGUCAUGUUGAACUAGCAGAAAAGGCAGCAGAGUCCCUCAUUGAAUUACAACCCCAAAAUGCAGGACAUUAUGUAUUGCUUUCAAACAUAUAUGCCAAAGCAGGUCGAUGGAAAGAAGUGGCAAAGGUUAGGAAACUAAUGACCCAUCAGCGAUUAAAGAAAGUUCCCGGUUGGACAUGGAUUGAAGUAGAUAAUAAGAUCCAUAAAUUUAGUGUGGGGGACUGUACUCAUCCCCUAUCGAAGGAGAUAUAUGAGGAACUGAAGCAGUUGAGAGAGAAAGUAGAGCUGGCUGGGUACGUUCCUGAUACAAAUUUUGUGCUGCACGAUGUUGAUGAGGAACUCAAGUUUGGAUGUUUGUACGCUCAUAGUGAAAGGUUGGCAAUAUCAUUUGGACUAAUCAGCACCCCUGAGGGAACCCCAAUUAGAAUUACAAAGAAUCUAAGGGUUUGUGGAGACUGUCACACAUUUAGUAAAUAUGUCUCUUUGAUUACACAUAGGGUAAUUAUUGUUCGUGAUGCCAAUCGGUUCCACCAUUUUAAAGAAGGUGGUUGUUCUUGUGGAGAUUACUGGUGAAUGGCGUAUCGUAUUCUGAAAAAUAAGUACGAGGCAUACAAUCUACUCGAUGAUUAUUAACUAGGCCAGAAGUAGUAAAAGAUGCUGUGUAUGGGCCACACAUUUCCCAUUUCUAGGCACGAAUGGGCAAGUACCACAACCUACAUCAGAAACCAGAGCUAUAUUAUCAACUAGAAUCAGUGAAUUUGCCCUAUGGUUAAAAUCAGACUUCAAAUUUUGGAUUACUUGUAGAGCAUCACAAGAAAACUGGCCAGUACUGAUCUUGAGGAAGCAGCAAUAACCAGCCCCUCAUGGUUCCGUAUAACAGACGUUGACCUCCUGCCAUCUUUAACCGAGGAAGAUGACCAAAUGAAUCUCUCGUCAGGAUGAGAUAGACGUAUCCUUGCUGUGUUAUUUCUUUUGGUAAGAACUAGAGAUCAUCGGUUUGAAUCUCAGCUCAGACAAUAUAUUCUAUUAUUGGAAAAAAAAGCUUAGUAUGUUUUUGUUGUUGGGGAGACUAGGAGUCUCUCUGGGUAGCUACAUGCAAUUAAUGGACACAAUAAAUUAAAAUAGUAAAUGAAUUCUACAUGAGUACAUAUAUACUUCUGGUCCCUGGAUCAGACCAGCCGAUCUGGUUCGAUUUUUACACCUAUGCACUUAACGUUUACUUGUUAUGCUUACCUAUAAUACAUGGACUGUUCUUUUCAUUCAUUAAGAGUAUGUUUAGCAGAUCAAAGUACACCGGAUAAGGAUUAAAGCUUGUGAGGUGCUUUUUCUGUCGAGCAUUUAAUAAUUAGAAAUCCACAAGGCUGUUUGGUUUGAAAAUUUACUGCUUAUAGAUGCCGCGCUGAAAUUCUUAAAUUUUGUCAUAUAUAUUUUUCAUGCAAGUCUUAAAGUGAAAAGGCAACUAUAUAGCUCAACUGCAUUUUUCUUUAUCUAAAUAUAUAGGCUUUUUUUUUUUUUGGCCCCUCAUGGGGUGGCCGAGUUAAUGGAGUAGGUGAGUGCGGAGGUCUUUGGUCGCGAGUUCGACUCCCCUACCAACACUUUCUUGGUCGAGCGGUUUAGAAUCUUUGAUGAAUAUGAUAUAAAGAGAUCAUAAUGUAUACUUUCUGUGGCUCAAUUUUGGGCUUUUUACUUCCAGUCUUCCAUCAUCACAUACAUUAAAGAUUUUGUAGCCUCCCAGGGCACUUC